AUGGAAGACUCGUUUGGUAGCAUUGCGGCCCCGUACGGCAGGUCGUGUGUUGUUUGUGUUCGAGCGAAGUGCAAGUGCUUUUACAGGACCGGUCAGGCUCGCUGCGAACGCUGUAACCGUCUCAACAAGGAGUGUCGGCCAACGGAUACCAAAAGACGUCGUCUCGAUUCUCGUAAGAACGACGAAAUCUCCGACGACACCCCCGAUGACAGCAGCAGAACAGCCAGGCUCGAGGAGAAGCUGGAUCAGGUGCUCGCUUCGUUGAAGCCACGAGAAGGUCCAAUCACUCCUGCUUCCGACGCCUCGUCGGCCAGCUUCUCAUCACACUUCUCGGUCGCCAACCCCCCAGCAGAGCCUGGGAUCAAUCGCUACAGCGGCGAACUGCUUGUCAACUAUGCAGAGAAGGGCGCUGCCGCCGCCAGCAAUGGGUUUCCGCAAGAAUUCGGGCCACCGCCCUUUGCUGCCGCCAGAGCGGACCGUGUAUGGAAGCUGGCAGGCCUAUCGGUCACUGAAGCAGAGGAAAAUUUAGCAGAGUUCAGGACACGCUUUUCUCCAUGGUUCCCUGCGAUUCACCUACCGCCCGACAUGACCGCGGAGCAACUGAGGCUGCAUCGGCCGUUUCUUUGGCUCAAUAUCGUGCUUCUAGCAUCUCACUCGUCGGUCAAACAACGGUCACUCGGAGAGGUCGUCAGGCGCGAGAUCGCACAGGCUAUGGUCAUGGACUCGGAAAAGUCGCUCGAUCUCCUACUCGGCUUGCUUGUUUUCAUGGGCUGGUAUCAUCUACAUUGCCAGUGUGACGAUGGAUCGGUCAAGCUUUCGCUGGCUCUUCUGACGCAGAUGGCGUUAUCGCUGGUCUUCGAUCUCCAGCUCAACCGACAAGAGCUCAGGUUACCUGUCCACCAGACUUUAGGCGUGACAACGCACAAGUACGCUGGACUCGCGUAUCCUCGGACCAAGGAAGCCAAAAGAGCGGCUGUUGGUGCUUUCCUCCUCGUCUCGAUGCUUUCUUUCUACCUCCAGCGCAUCGACUCACUUCGAUGGACACCAUACUUCGGCGACAUACUGCGCGAGCUCAAGGAGAGCCCUGAGUGGGACGGGGACACCGUUCUCGCACAUCAAGUUCAACUACAGUUGAUCGUGGAAAGGGCCGUGGCCAUGAGCCACUACGACGCGGCUCUGGGAUCGGAACAUACGACUUUGCCAUCGUCCGCGUUCGUAGACAUAUUCCACACACAGCUCGAGGCGGCGAAGAACAGCAUUCCAGCCGGUGUCUGGGCGAAAGAGGCCGUCCAGCUCCACUAUCUGAUCAAUCGGAUCAACAUACUUGAUCUUGCCCCUCUUGGAGCUCACGCAGGCACAGUAGAUCCCGCUCGAACCAAACGCCGCUGGUCUACUUAUCAGACUGCUAAGACGUGGCUCGAUGUUUUCUUCACGCUGUCACCGACCACGUAUAGGGGGUUUAGUUUCACUGUUACUACGCAGAAGGUCCACUUUCUAGGAGCUCUGAUCGAGCUUGCUACAUUGGAUGAGCCAGGCUGGGACAAGGACCUCUUCCGAUCUCACGUUGAUGUGGUCGAACUGCUUGAUCGCAUGACGGAGAAGUUCGCACAGGCGGCCCCUCUGCUAAGUACGGGCUCUGGGGACAACACGUUCUCCUUCUUCUGCAAGUUCUUCCAGGCAGCUCGGGCAUCGCUUGUGCAAAGACUGAAUCGCGUGGACGGAGAGCCACCAGUCAACGAGCUUACAGCGGCCGCGGACAGCACAGGAUUCCCAGGGAUGUUCGACCUGGAUUUCAUCGACAACGAGUUGUUCUGGAAUUUCCCGACCGGGCAGGAUGUGACGAUAUAA